AUGAGUCGUUUCGCAUGCUGUCUCGGAGGCGGAAGCUCAAGUAAAGUGGUGCAAGAUCCAGCGGAACUACCACAAGCAUCGGAAAGUAAUGACGAACGAGGUGAGUACAAGUCUGUUUUCUCUGAUGAUCGUGAAACUAAUCUAGGAUUCUUCUUCUUCUUCUUCUUUGUUAUCUUUAUUUCUUAAGGCUUAGUUACAUUUCAAUGGCAAGAGAUCGUAGACGGAACUGAGAACUUCGGGGUGACACAUUUGAUCGGCCAAGGCAAAUACGGCAAAGUUUAUCGCUGCAAUUUCCCAAGAAUUCAUAAGGUUGGAGCUGCAAAGAUUCAUAAUCAUGGCGACCAUUCUGGUCUUUCUGAGUUUUUGGCAGAGAUUACAACGUUACAUGAUGAAGCUGAUCACCCAAAUGUGAUUAAACUUCUCGGAAAAUUCUUCGGCCACCAAGACACUGCCUUAGUUUACGAAUUCAUGCCUAAUGGCUCUCUUGACCACCAUCUCUUUGCACACGCGAGGAAGGUUCAAGGUCUAACGCAAGAAACUAGGGUUUUGGACUGGGACACGAGGAUGAGAAUUGCUGUGGGUGUAGCCGAAGGCCUGGUUUACGUACACCAGGGGCUUUCUUCGAUUCACAGAGAUGUCAAAGCCACAAACAUUUUACUUGAUGAUGACUUUGUGCCAAAGCUGACUGGUUUUGGAAAUGCGGGUAAGAUCGCUUACAAUGAAGACGGCACUGAGAGACAGUGGGAGAUCAAUACGAAUGGAAGUGAAGAAGACAUCGCACCGGAAACAGAGAACUCCGGGUUGGUUUCGACCAAGUCCGAUGUCUAUAGCUUUGGAGUUUUACUGUUGGUGCUCUUCACUGGAAGGAAAGCUUAUGAUCCGGAGAGACCUGAAGCGAAAGUGAAACUCACUGAUUGGUUAAUGCCAGUAUUGGGUAGAUUGGAGUAUGCGCCUGUGGUACUUGAUGUUGCUCUCGGUAAAAAGUACUCGGCUGAAGGUUUAAACAGAAUAUUUCAAACUGCGAGGAUGUGUAUAAACGCACAGCCACUUGAACGGCCUGCUAUGGAUUUUGUGGAAACUUUGGUUCGUGAAGCUGCAGCGUUCCCGGUUCAAGUGGUUCCCGAGGCGAAAGAGGAGGAGCGACGUUCUACAUAA